AUGUGGUCCACUGAGAGCAUGGAGCCAGAGAAAGCUCACACCCAGAGCAGCUUCAUAAACAAGGUGGAUGUGCCUGACCAUGCUCACUACAUCGUCGCUAUAUUUGUCUUUGUCAUCGGGAUAUUGGGCGUCACUGGCAACGCCCUGGUUAUGUUUGCCUUUUACAGUAACAAGAAGCUUCGUAAUCUGCCGAACUACUUUAUCAUGAACCAGGCCAUCAGUGACUUCCUCAUGGCUUUCACACAGUCCCCGUUCUUCUUCAUCAACUGUCUCUACAAGGAAUGGGUGUUUGGAGAGAUGGGCUGUAAGAUGUAUGCCUUCUGUGGAGCCCUGUUUGGCAUUUCUUCCAUGAUAAACCUACUGGCCAUCUCAAUUGACCGCUACCUGGUGAUCACUAAGCCUCUGCAGGCCAUUAACCUCAGUUCCAAACGAAGAACCACGGUGGCCAUCCUCAUGGUCUGGCUUUACUCUUUGGCUUGGAGUCUGGCUCCUCUUGUUGGAUGGAGCUCCUAUAUCCCUGAGGGCCUGAUGACAUCUUGCACAUGGGAUUAUGUUACAUACACAAUGGCCAAUAGGAGCUACACGAUGAUGUUGUGCUGUUUUGUUUUCUUUAUUCCACUGGGGAUUAUCCUGUACUGUUAUAUCUUCAUGUUUCUGGCUGUACGGCAGACUGGCAGGGAGGUAGAGCGUCUGGGGACCCAGGUGAGGAAGUCCACCCUGAUCAAGCAGAGGUCCAUCAGGAGCGAGUGGAAGCUGGCAAAGAUCGCCUUUGUCGUCAUUGUGGUUUAUGUCCUCUCCUGGUCACCGUACGCCUGUGUCACAAUGAUUUCCUGGGCAGGUCAUGCGAAAAUCCUGUCGCCAUACUCCAAGGCCGUCCCUGCAAUCAUAGCAAAAGCCUCCACCAUCUACAAUCCAUUCAUCUAUGCUAUUAUACACAACAAAUACAGGAUGACUCUGGCAGAAAAGAUUCCCUGUCUGAGGUUUCUGUCCCCCACUCCUCGAAAGGAAUGCAUGUCCUCCUCUAUCAGCGAGUCCUCUCUCAGGGACUCCAUCAUUAGCAGACAGUCCACAGCCUCAAGGACUCACUUCUUCACAGCUUCCCAUGACAUGGUAUUAAGGGAUGUUGAGAUGGAGCCGUUGGGAAGGAAGUCCGGUGCUUCCCUCAGAAGCAUGCCAUCGUACAGACAGCCUUCCAGAAACAGGACUCAUAAGAAACAGUUACGGCGAAAUUCAGCCAAAACCCAAGCAGUAGAGAAGCACCCAUCUACCAUGAAUGCAACAUACUGUGACCAUGAUCUGGUUUGCAGUUCUCUCACCAUCGCCACCCUCCCCCUACUGGUCCUCACCAGGAAACGCAGUCAGAGUUUAUCUGAUGAGAUUUCAGACUCAAGCGAGAAGAAAGGCUGCAUCAUGGAUUACCACAAGAGCGACUCCUUCGAUUCUCAUUUUGGAAAAAUACCAACCAAUGAUCCUAGAUCGCCUCAGGGUGUCCCUCGCAUAAUUGUCAUCAGUCCCACAUCUGAAAGCAGUCUUAUCAACCAUGACAGUGUCUGCUUAGAAGACAGUGUUGAGGCGAUGGAGAACAAUGUUUUUGUUAGCUUAAACUUCUCAUCAGAAGUCUUUGAGGCAGUGGAGAUGCUGCCUUGAUCAGCUGGACUUUGCUGGACUGUGUAAUGUUUUUCCACUGAAGUUAUAUUAUUUAUUGUGAUUCUUCACCACAGACAUAUUCUUCUUCUACUUUUUUGUUUGUUUGGAGUAAUAAGGGUUGGAUCUCAAAAUGAAACAAUAUGACCCGGCUCUGGUAUGCAAUGUGCUGUGUUUUCAGACUUUGGCAGAGACUGGGGCACCCCAAGGGACAGCAUGGGUAGAAGCAUGUUUUCAUUAGAUCCCACAAAAAGGGUUUAAAUAUAUAUUUUCAGGAGUUCAGGGCCAAUCACAAACUGGACUCUUAGUUCAGCUAUGUGACCACUUCAUGGAUUAUAUGCUUGAGACUGAAGGGAAAAUUGCAUUUGAAAUUAGAUAAUUUUAUUCAACUGAUAUUUCCACGUGGGAAUAGGAGAAAACAAAAAAUCUAGUUGCUGUUUAUUUUCUGUUCAAAUAUCUCACAAACACUGCAACAGCAUAACAACUUAGGAAGGAGACUAGCACAAUGACUUUAGCUUUUAAAGAUGUAAAAUAGUAAAAAGGGUAUGUAUAUUCAAUUAUUGUCUUGUGAUAGUAGUUGCUUUAGGGAAUGUGCACCUCUCAGACUUUGUAUUGGCAGCAAGACAGUGGUAAAAUGAAAAUGUGAGGCUCUUGCUGGUAAGAAAAAAACGACAGAGCAGAGGCAGAGUCAGAUUCAAAAGCGUCUCAUACAAAAAAAAGUUACAAUUUGCAGUGGCUUUAACAUGUCUUGCUCAAUGUGUGGACACUGUGCUUUAUAACAAAUGCUCCAAUGUAUUAUUCCUAUUCAUAAAAAUAUGACUGUUGUGUUGCUUAUGAAUGCUACAGUGUUGUUUCCAGUGAUCUGAGUCAGUGUUAUUCCAAGUCCCAUUAAAGCACAAGUAACACGGUUUAUACACAGCACAAAAGUUCAAUAAUGUUUACAGAAUUAUUUAUUAUUCUUAUUCUUAUUAUUCUUAUUAUUAAUAUCCAUCCUUUAAAGAAACAAAACACAAUCUCUCCAGUCAAUUCAUAGUCUUAUUGACUCAUUACUAAUAGUAAAGGAAAAAUAAGCUAUUUUUUCACACACUUAUGAAACAUCUUUGUUGUAAUAUCUGUAUCAUCUGCAUUUUAACAUUUGAUACUUGUGCAUCUGUUGCUUUUGAACUCAUUAGUUCAGUUCAUUUGCACUAUUAUUCAAAUACAUACAAUAGGGAAAAAAUAAAGUUAUUUCAGUGCCAGAGAGGAAGCAAUCCUGAAAGGCUGCUCCUUUAUUCAGAUACAUACAUCUAGAGAAUGACAAUGCUGUAUUGACUACAAACAUUAUGGGGAAAUGAUGGUAAGAACAUUUCUUUUUCAUGUUUAUGUGCUGAUUAAACUUUUUCA